AUGAAUAUUUUAUUGUCAAAAAUGGAAUAUUUACUAGCAAAGUUUCGUAAAAAAGAUCCAAUAAAAGAAGUUACUUUUGAGGACCUACAAGCUGUUCUUUUACGUACCCAACCUCCUCCUAAAAAAAAAAAUAUAUCAGCAUGUGAUUAUAAUGAAAUUUGUCCAAAAAUUUAUGUUGGAGAUUGGAACACGGCAAAAAAUCUUAAUUUAUUGCUGUCACUGGGUAUUACACAUGUAGUAAAUGCAGCCCAAGGCAUUGGGUUUGGUAUGGUUGAUACAAAUGAACAGUUUUAUCGUCCAUUUAAUAUUCAAUACAUGGGACUACCUUUGUGUGAUGAUUCUAAUGUUGCAAUAAAUGAAUAUUUUGAAAGCGUAUCAAAUUUUAUAGAUGACGCUCUAUCACAAAAAGGUAAAGUUUUGGUUCAUUGCAUAAUGGGUAUUUCAAGAUCUGCAACAAUUACAAUUGCUUAUUUAAUGAUAAAAAAAGGAUUAAGAGCUAAGGAAGCAGUGGAAAAAGUAAAAAAAGCAAGAGACAUACGACCUAACAAUGGAUUUCUUAAGCAAUUAGCUCAACUCGACAAUGACAGAAUACUCAAUACAUAUUAA